AUGUCGUCUCUGGGCACAACCUCACUGCCGCCUUUGCGGUCCAACCUGACCACUCCUCGGGAUCGAUCCGACCCAACCCGAGCAUCCAACAUUACACUCGCCGGGACAUUCUAUGGCUCCAAGCCUGGAACCGCGGGCGGCCUCGCAAACAGCGCCAGCGCAAGGGGCACCACCGCCGAAACUCUUGCGGCCCUGCGUUCUGGCUCGAGCGAGCCUUCCGAGCGGCCCGUGACCCCUCCAGCCCAAACGUUCGAUGAGUUCCUCGCCCAGCUUUCGGCCGAGCGAGCGCUCGCCGAGUACCGUGGAGGAUCCAGCGGCGAGUCCAAGGAGGAGCGCCAGUGGCCCGAUGAGUUCAUCGACGACUCGGAAGACACCCGCGAGAAGAUCAUGCGCCAGGACGAGCUGGGGCUUCGCUCAGACGGCUCCGGGUGGGGACUCCCUCGAAAAGAAUGGCCCCGAGUCGAGCUGGCAGGAGAGGCCAAUGACGGGCCAAAAUCCAUUGAUGCCAAGGCACUGAAGCACUGGGAAAGCCAAGGACGGAGUAUCGAAAGGAAAAGUAUUGUCAAUGCCCUCACUUCGGGACCACCGCCCCCGGAACGUGCUUUGGACAGCAUUCAUCUCAAACUCAAGCGAGCGAUUCCAUCGCUGAAGCACCUGGACGAACUGAACGACCACAUCGCCAUCCUGACCGAAAAGCUCCAACUCAACUACCCCGAGGAUAGCAUCCAGCUGAUCUCUGAUGGGACAGAGUCCCCCACGAGCCAGACAUCACCAGUCCAGGCCGAACCACCCCAGAGAGAAGCAGCCUCGGCGGAAGAGGGCUUCCCGAAGGUGCUUGAAAUCUGUGGCAUAUCCAAGGAACGGCUGGAACAUGCAUCGAGUACUUUUAUCACGCAACUUGCAGAUUCCUACGAAGUCCCACAGAUUCUGGACAAACCGCCGGAUCUCAAGGCUGAGCAGGAAGCCAAAUUGAAGGCCAGUGGUGGCUACCAGCUGAUUGAAUUCAAUCACUUUCCGGGCUAUACCCCAGACCGCAUGAGCCCGCUUCCGAACGAAAUACUUGCCAAGCCCAUUAUCGUAGCGGUGCUAUCUGAAAAGACCAGGACGGUAACGUGCACUGAGGCUCGAUCGUGCGCAUCGCACCGGCGACGAGUGUCAUGGACCAUCGCCCUCAAAGGCUGAAGUGUCG